AUGAACUAUGGAGCCCGGCGCGCCCUGACGCAAUUGAUCAGGAACCAUCCCAACCGGUCACUGGUCCUCAAACCAUCCCAGCGAUGGUCCUCAACUUAUGAAACCCGACAAUGGUCCACGCCGCUGGCGCGCACACUUGCGGAUGCCAUUAAAGUAACAGGACCCAUCCCCAUCGCGGCGUUUAUGCGCCAGGUCCUCACCUCCCCGGAAGGCGGCUACUACACGACCAGACCCGCAGGUGACGGAGAGGUAUUCGGCAAGAAAGGCGACUUUGUUACCUCGCCCGAGAUCUCGCAGGUGUUCGGCGAGUUAGUCGGAAUAUGGACCAUCGCGGAAUGGAUGGCGCAGGGACGCAAGAGUAGUGGGGUGCAGUUGAUGGAGGUUGGUCCUGGAAAGGGAACGUUGAUGGAUGAUAUGUUGCGUGUGAGUCUACCUCAUCUUCUCUUCUCUCCAGCAAGAAGGAGAGAAGUAUUCGACACCAUACUGACCACCGGUGUCAUAUCACAGACAUUCAGGAACUUCAAAAGCUUCACCUCGAGCAUUGAAGCAAUCUACCUAGUGGAAGCCAGUCCCACUCUAAGGGAAGUUCAAAAGCAACGUCUAUGCGGCGAUGCCACAAUGGAAGAAACAGAAAUCGGCCACACAAGCACCUGCAAAUACUUCAACGUCCCCGUAAUUUGGGUAGAAGACAUCCGACUCCUCCCACACGAAGAAGACAAAAGCCCCUUCAUAAUCGCCCACGAAUUCUUCGACGCCCUCCCCAUCCACGCCUUCGAAUCCGUCCCCCCCUCCCCAGAAAACCAACCCCCACAAUCCCAAGACACAAUAAUGACCCCAACCGGCCCAACAAAACUCCACAAACCCCUCAAACCCGCCAACACCCCCCAAUGGCGCGAACUAAUGGUCACCCUGAACCCGAAAGCAAUCGACGAAAACCUCCCCAACGAACCCGAAUUCAAACUCACCCACGCAAAAGCCUCAACCCCCUCCUCCCUCGUCAUCCCCGAGAUCUCCCCGCGCUACCGCGCCCUGAAGUCCCAACCUGGCUCCACCAUCGAAAUCAGUCCGGAAAGUCGCAUCUACGCAUCUGAUUUCGCCCGCCGAAUCGGCGGCGCCUCGCAGCCCCCGCGCACCAAGGCCAGGAAUGCAUCUACGCAACCGGCGGCACCGGCGAAGCGCGUCCCCUCCGGCGCGGCCCUGAUCAUGGAUUACGGGACCAUGGAUACCAUCCCUGUGAACUCGCUCCGCGGUAUCCAGCAUCAUCGAAAGGUUCCGCCGUUGUCAGCGCCGGGACAGGUGGAUGUGAGUGCUGAUGUAGAUUUCACGGCGUUGGCGGAGGCGGCCCUUGAGGGCAGUGAGGGGGUGGAGGUGCAUGGGCCUGUUGAGCAGGGGGAUUUCCUGCGGACGAUGGGCAUUGCGGAGCGUAUGCAGCAGUUGCUUAAGCAUGAGAAGGAUGAGGAGAAGAGGAAGACGUUGGAAAGUGGGUGGCAGCGCUUGGUCGAGAAGGGGGGUGGUGGUAUGGGUAAGAUUUAUAAGUUUAUGGCUAUUGUGCCGGAGAAUGAGGGUAAGAGGAGACCAGUUGGGUUUGGAGGUGGGAUUGAGCUUUAG